CUUGCAAAUUUGUUUCACACAUACACUAGCUCACGGAAAUUAAAUUAUUCCCAGAAUCGGUGGUGGGAAUUGCCAUAUUUAUUUAUUUUUAUUAAAAAAAAGUACGGUAGGUGGGUACAAUUUCACGUAGUUUUUUUUUAGAGUCAUGCUAGGAACCCACUACGGUUUUUUACAAUCACAUUUAAUUUUGUACAUAAACAAACAAGAAUCAUCUGUGCUUAGAGACGACGAUGUCACUUUUAAUUUGGGAGGUAAAAGGAAGCAUUAUGGAAUAUAGAGGUGUGAUUAUGGAUAUUGUUGUGAAUUAUUUGAUCCCUCAAUUUAUGCCAUAUUUUUAGGUUGUCAAGGGAACAACGCCUUGUGGGAUUUGUACUUUAGAUUUGAAAUACAUUGGCCAACAAUGUGGAUCAUCAUGACUCACCACCAAUAUGUUUUCCACUUUUAUCAUUGUUUAUUCACAAAGAUUAAAAAGAAGGUAGAAAAAGAAUGCCUUUAUUAACAAACAUCUGCAUUUUUAUCUCAAUUAAGCAGCCCAAUUUGGCAUAAUUGUCUGCUUGCUUGUAAAUCUAUCUUCAUUGACUUUCCUUCUUUCCCCAUACGUUUUUGGUUGUUUUGUGUCUUGAUUCAUGAGUUUCAACGUCUAGAUUUGGAAGCUCAUUCUAACUUAUACGCUUGUCUUUUGCCAUUUUGGGAUUUACUUGCCCAAGGGUUGUGAGUUCAUGUCACUUUCCUUGAGAUGAAUGAACGGAUGCAGUUUUGUUUGUUUAACGAGUUUGAAAUCGUGACCUCUUGGCUCUUACACCAUGUCAAGGAACCGACUUAACCAAGAGUUUGAACUUUUGGAAGCUUUUGGUUGUGACUCGGGAAAGGUUUUUGCACUCUAACACUAGUGCCUGGGCUUGUUUAUUGGUGGGACUAAAAUGUAGAGGGCUGUGAAUAUAUGUAUGCAGGGAGCAGAGGGUCGGGUCGCACACCCCUAGACUGGGAGAGCCGGAUGAACAUAGCGCGAAGCACAGCCAGAGGCAUUGCAUAUUUGCAUGUCACAGGCAAAGUCAUCCAUGGCAACAUCAAAGCAUCAAACAUCCUCCUCAAGCAAGACAACUCCGCCUGUCUCUCAGACUUUGGAUUGAACAAUCUCUUCUCCACCACCUCCACACCUCGGGUUGCAGGCUACCGUGCUCCCGAGACCAUUGAAACCCGAAAACCCACUUUCAAGUCCGACAUAUACAGCUUUGGAGUAUUGAUACUCGAGCUCCUAACAGGAAAAUCCCCAAACCAGGCUUCAUUAGCCGAAGAAGGGGUGGACUUGCCUAGAUGGGUUCAGAGUGUUGUCAGGGAGGAAUGGACAGCUGAGGUUUUCGACGUUGAGCUUAUGCAGUACCAUCACAAUGUGGAAGAGGAGAUGGUACAACUACUUCAGGUGGGAAUGUCGUGUGUUUCUUUGGUCCCAAACCAAAGACCCGACAUUCUUGAUGUCCUGAGGAUGAUCGAGGAGAUCAAUGGUAGAGGUGAUGACACACACGAUCUGUCGAAAGGGCCCAACAACCAAACAACGACGACACCAUAACCCCAAUCACAUUGGCAUUUAUUUAUAUUUAGCGGUAAAAUGUGUGAGAAAAUUAUUAUUUGAGAGAAAACAUAGUUAUAAGUUGUUGACUGUACUUUGAUCAUUUGAUGUAUUGGCUGGUUGUUCUUUUGUCACCUUAUUCUUUUUGUUUUUCAAAUAUUGUAUGAUUGGAGAAAGUGAUGCAUCUUGGUGUUGCAUUUGGCUUUUUCCAUGUAUUGUGUAACUAUUAAUUGGGUGCCCACUAAAGUCUACAUUACCUAUUUCAGAAUUUC